CGACGAUCCAGUGUUGAGAAAGAUCAAAAUGAGUACCGCCAAGUGGGAAAGCAAUGAGGAGAUCAAGAUCUUUCGCGAAUACCUUCGCAUACCAACGGUGCAUCCGAAUGUGGAUUACACCGCCUGUGUGGAAUUCUUGAAGCGGCAGGCGGCCAGCUUGGACCUGCCCGUGGAGGUUAUCUAUCCGGUCAACCAGCAGAAUCCUGUGGUGGUGCUGAAGUGGCAGGGAUCUCAGCCCGAACUGCCCUCCAUUAUCCUUAAUUCGCACACGGAUGUGGUGCCCGUUUUUGAGGAGAAGUGGACUCACGGUCCCUUUAGCGCGGAUCUGGAUGCAGAAGGUCGAAUCUUUGCCAGGGGAUCGCAGGACAUGAAGUGCGUGGGCACCCAGUAUCUGGGAGCAGUUCGAGCCCUCAAGGCCACCGGAUACCAGCCCAAACGGACCAUCUAUCUCACCUACGUUCCAGAUGAGGAGGUGGGCGGUCAUCUCGGAAUGCGGGAGAUGGUCAAGAGCGACUACUUCAAGAAGCUCAACGUGGGAUUCAGUUUCGACGAGGGCAUCUCCAGCGAGGACGACACUUACGCCUUGUACUAUGCGGAAAGGACUCUGUGGCAUCUCCAUUUCAAGUUCAGUGGAACUGCUGGACACGGAUCUCUGUUGCUGCCCAAUACGGCUGGCGAGAAACUGAACUAUGUGGUGGCCAAGAUGAUGGAGUUCCGUAAAUCACAGGUACAGAAACUGGCGGACGACUCUUCCCUCGCAAUUGGCGAUGUGACCACCGUGAAUCUCACCCAACUGAGGGGCGGAGUGCAGAGCAACGUGGUGCCUCCGCUGCUCGAAGCUGUCUUUGACAUCCGCAUUGCCGUCACCGUGGACAUCGCUGCCUUUGAGAAGCAGAUUCGCGACUGGUGCGAGGAGGCUGGUGGCGGCAUUGAGCUGGAGUUCGAGAUGAAGAACCCCUUUGUGGAGCCCACAAAGAUUGACGCAUCCAAUCCCUACUGGGUGGCCUUCAAGAAGGCUCUCGACGACCUUGGCCUCAAGACACGGGUUCAAGUUUUCCCCGGCGCCACGGACAGUCGCUAUGUUCGCUAUGCUGGCAUUCCAGCUCUGGGCUUCUCGCCGAUCAACAACACCCCCAUCCUGCUGCAUGACCACGAUGAAUUCCUGAAAGCCGACACCUAUUUGCAUGGCAUUGAGGUCUACAAGAAACUCAUUCCCGCUGUGGCCGAUGCUUAGUAAAUGAUUCCAGCACUAAAAUAACGAAAUUAUGCAUUUGUGUAUUGUUUGGUUCGAAGAACUUUGUUUAAGCAUGUCAAUAAAAUCGUUUUCUAAAAGAA